AUGUCCGCCGCCGGCCUUGGUCUUGGUCGUCUGACGCGGUCGGCCACGAGGAUCCUGGCGAAGCAGGCGAACGGGUUCCACCUUCUCCGCAUCGACGGCUACUCGCAGACCAAGACCGUCCUCCCCGGCCACAAGCUCUCCUGCAACGGCUUCAACGUCGGCGGCCACUCGUGGCGCAUCGACUACUACCCCAACGGCCGCGACACCUCGGCGAACCACAACGCCAUCUCUCUGUACCUUCAGCUCACCAACCGCCUCCCGCAGCACCUCCAGGCGCGGUACAGGUUCAGCCUGCUGGACCACGGCGGCAACGCCGCCUACGAGCUCCCCGCCGCGAAUGGAACCUUCAUCCCCGUCCCAGAGGUCAACCACUACGCGCUCCAAAACGCCGGGACGCAGCCAGGCACGGGAUGCGGCCACGAGGAGUUCAUCGGGAAGGAGGAGCUGGAGAGGCGCGAGCACCUGAUCCGCAACGACAGCAUCGUGAUCCGGUGCGACGUGGGCGUCGCGGAGAUUGGCAACUCGUGGUUGGCGCAGGACGAGCUUAACGCGUGGGAAGAUGGGGAGGAGUCGGAGGAGGAGGGCUACGAGGCACCAGGAGGCUAUGGCGCUCCUCGCCGCCGAAAUCGACGCAAGCGUAGGGCGGACGACAAGGAAUACGUCAAGUGGUGCUUAGCCCAACGAUGA